GUGCUGCCGCUUCCCGCGCGGUGCACGCCGGGAUAGAUCCGGUUCCGUGAGGGGAGCGCGCGGUGCCUGCUGGGAUAGAUCCGGGUUUCCCGCCCGUCGCAUCCGGUCCCCGCCGCCGCCUCCGCUCCAGGCUCGGUCUCUGCCGCCGUAUUCGCUCAAGGCUCCUUCCCCGCCGGUGUUUCUGUCCCAGGCCGCGGCCCCCACUCUCCGCCCGCCGACAUGGCGAUGCAAGCAGCCAAACGAGCCAACAUCCGGCUCCCUCCGGAGGUCAACCGGAUCCUGUACAUCAGGAACCUGCCGUACAAAAUCACGGCCGAGGAGAUGUACGACAUUUUUGGGAAGUAUGGGCCCAUCCGGCAGAUCAGAGUUGGGAACACCCCAGAGACCAGAGGAACAGCCUACGUGGUGUACGAGGACAUCUUCGAUGCCAAGAACGCCUGUGACCACCUGUCAGGGUUCAACGUGUGCAACAGAUACCUCGUGGUGCUCUACUACAACGCCAACAGGGCAUUCCAGAAGAUGGACACAAAGAAGAAAGAGGAACAGCUUAAGCUUCUCAAGGAAAAAUAUGGAAUUAACACAGACCCACCAAAAUAAACUGAUCUUUUCUGGAAAACUUUUGAAGCCCUGCCGACAAGUUCUUGGCCUAAACAUAGGAAUUCUUAACAACGUGUAAUUUUUUCUCUUAUAAAGUUGAUAAACUGCAAUACGAGUCUUUAUAUCUUCAGAUUAGGAUUAAAUGAAGGUAGAACACAGGGAGAUGUGCUUUAAGAUUAAAUCCCCCACGGUGCCUGGCUUCUCUGUGCUGAGGGUGACCUGGUGAAGGCUGCAUUGACCUGUUUCUGGCAGGAGCUUUCAAGGAGGACUGAGCAGAUUCUGUGACUGAACAAAGCAAGCCCAAGCCUGUGUUUGUAACAAAGUUUCUUUCUCAAACUGUAGAAGAUGAAUGGCUUUUUAAAGGAUCAGCUGAUAAGGGGACUCCAGUCCAAUACCUUGUUCCAGUGGUGGUGCCAGCUCAGAUCAGCUGCAGUGAAACAACCCAGCUCUCACACUACAAAAGAAAAGAGUAUGGGGGCUUUGUUGUGUGUCCCAGGUUUGGAUGGAGGAUUUGGUGUGAAGAACACAUGACCAAAAUGAGACAGUACAUGAAGGCUUUCAUUUUGGUACCUGUUGUGUGAUUGUUUUCUACUUGGCAUAGUUAGACUGUAACACAUUUUCUGUACAGACAUCCUUAGGUGUAGCAUCUGCUGGAGGAAAAACAAAUUUACUUUUUUUGGGCUCUUUUUUUUAGUACACGUGUCCUGUGUAUAAAAAUGAGUGUGAUGCAGAGUGUGUAUAACCAGUAUCUUUUGGAAGUGGGGCAGAAUAACCUCUGCCUGUGUUCUGAACCAGCUGGAAGCUGUGUGAAUGUGGGUCCUGCCUUGGGAGGAUUUACUUGCAUGGCUGUGAUGUUCCAUUCCCUGACUAGACAACUUCCAGCCAGUGCAGAAGCAGGGCAGAUAACAAUAUACUUUGCCUGGGAUUUGUAAUUCAGUGUUGUUUUUCAGUGCAUUGUGUUACGGAGGAAUGCUUCCAUUUUCUGAAGUUACUUUUUUGUUGGAAUCUGUCACUUCAGGAACAACACUGUGUCCAUUUGGUGAAAAAAUAAAUGUCUGUAUAUUUUGGUUUUUUCCCCA